AUGCUUAAAUUAAUAUUUAUUUUGUCGUUGUGGUGUGCUAAAUUCUCAAAGGCUGAAUUAUACAAGCCAGAUCAGCCAUUAAAAUGCUCUCAGGCGUCACAUUGUCCCCGGGAAUGGCCAUGCUGUUCACCCUAUGGCGAGUGUGGUUCUGGUCCAGUAUGUGUUGGUGGAUGCAAUCCAAAAUUCUCGUUCAGCCCCAGAAGCUGUAUCCCAAUGCCCUUGUUGACGUACCCAUUCGAGGUUGUCCAACAUGGGAAGGAACCAAUUUAUGAAGCAGAAGAAGACGAUGAUGAAGAGACUUUUUCAAGUUUCGAUGGAGAACACAUGGAAAAGAACAAUAAUCAAUUUGGAAUGGCCACUUCUGAGAGAUAUGCCAUGGAUAAUGAUAUCAAUUUCGAUGAGCCCCACUCAAAUAAUAAAAUGACUGAUAUGAAAUUGAAUGCAGCACGGUUCAUUCAUCAUUCAAAUUUCUUGGUGACACCAAGCAAUACCGUUGCAGAAACCAUGGUAGAUAAAUUUGAUUUUACUUACAGUGGACACGCAAAUGUGGAUGAUACAACAAAGGACAUUUUGUUGACAAUGCCCAAGAGAACCACUGGUACACUAAUUGCAUCAACUAAAGAAUUUCUUUAUGGUAAGAUUGGACUAAAUAUGAAAACUGCAAGGUCACAGGGUGUCGUUACAGCAAUAGUAAUAAUUUCUCAGGUUGGUGAUGAGAUUGAUUAUGAGUUCCUUGGUGGUGACUUAUUCAACGUACAGACUAAUUAUUACUAUCAAGGUGAAUUAGAUUAUACAAAGAUGGUACACUUGCCGCUUACUGGUAACACUUUUGACAAUUAUCAUCGUUAUGAAAUUGAUUGGGAUGAAGAGAAAAUUUCAUGGAUUAUUGAUGGUGAAAUAAGAAGAACUCUUUUCAAGAAGGAUACAUGGGAUGGUCAAAGAUACAGAUAUCCACAAACACCUUCAAGAUUGGAAGUGGCAGUAUGGCCAGGUGGAGCUGACACCAAUCACCCAGGGACCAUCCAAUGGGCUGGGGGCCUAAUUGAUUGGGAAAACUCACCAGAUAUAUUAGAGAAGGGUCAAUUUUACGCUCAAAUCAAUGAAAUUAAAAUCACUCCACACCAAAACAAGUAUUUCGAUACAAUCAUGUCCGUAUUAGAGACUUGUGUUGGUAAUCCCGAUCAAGUUGUCAUUAAAGAUUUCCAAAAAUUAACUGUCGGUUACGAUGAAAAGAAAGGGCCUCAAUUUAAUGAGGAUUCUUUGAGUUGGUAUUGCGAUAUUAUCCCCAAAGUAGACAACUGGCGAGACUCUGGAGAGACGAUUCUCGAAGUGUAG